GUAAACAAAAACAAGAAAUUCAUGGCUUGGCCGGGAAAAUUGUUAGUUACCUACGAAAACUUUACCGCCGACUUACCAGCUCUUAGGAUUGACCAGAAAACAGAAGGAUGCUCCGGUUCCUGCAGCUGCAAGUGCAAGUGCUGUCAAGGAUUCAGGGAGAAAUACGUGGCAUUCAAUGGGGAAAACGCACUUGGCUCGGAAUUUCACGAAGGAGACGAUGUCCAGAAAAUGAUGCGUUUCCGGAGCUCAGACAUGUUGCUUUUACUGCAGGCAGCCCAAUUACGUGAUAAUUUCUGGACCAAUCAGUAUUUCAAGGUGGACUUACAGGAGGAUUAUCAAGCUAUUUUGAAGGUUUUUGAAGAUAGAAACCGAAAAGUUCACUUUGAAACAGUGGCGGCAAUUAUGGAUACAGUAAGCACUGGCUAUAGACGAGCAGUUAGCCAAUUAGAAGGACCAGAAGCGCACGGAGCUCUACGCCCCAAGUUAGCCGCUUUUAACCUACCAGGACUACGUUGUGUUUGCUAUAAAUGUGAGCAUCUUCACUGGAAGAAGCUACAGGAAGUGGAGGAUCACCAAAGGACGCAUCGCUAUUCGGACAACUUUCACUGCCAGAUUUGCUAUAGGCGUUUCUACCUACAGCAUUCAAUAACCUCCCAUAUAAGCAGGCAAAUGGGAUCCUUCUCUGAAGAACUUUAUGAAAAUGAGAGAUACAAGAGACUGCUAGAGAAUCAAAAGUUAAAAGAACAAGCUGAAUUGCAAAUAGCACCUGUCAAACUUGAGGAUAUAGUGGUGCCAGUUCCUAGGAACCUGAAGAUGUACUUUAAGGAGGAAUCAAAACCUCACAUCCAGAAACGAAAGAAGUCUAUUCACACCAACUGUCCAACUUGUUAUGAAAAAUACCGCUUUUCCUUUAGCCACCAGCUACAUAUGGUUAGGCAUAGAAAGGAUGACUCAGAACUAAAUAAGCUUUAUUUCUGCUCCUACUGCCAUAGGUCCUUUCUCACCCUAAAGUUCCUUAAGAAACAUCAAAAAAGAGUUAGAAUUUCCAGUAGUCUGCUCUAUCGUCCUUUCAAGUGUGGUAAUUGCCCACAGAGGUUCCAAUUGUGGUCUACCCUUGAAACACAUAUAAACCAAAUGCAUAGAAAACAAAACACCUGUCUUAUUUGCCAACUGCCAACUUUGGCUCGAUGUUGCGGUGCUCAUACAGCCAUGGAGUGCAGAGAAGCCAUUAAAAAACACCGGGAAAAACAAAGACUUUUGAAAGGUCCACGAAGGGGAGGCUGCCAGAAAAAGCCAAAACCAAUUUGCAAGGUGUGCGGAAGAGAGUUUGAAAAUAAUUUUUACCUUAGAGAGCACUUAAACAAGAAGCAUUUAAACAGGAGGAAUUUUACUUGCGAAAUCUGUGGAGCGAGUUUCUACAGUCAGGGCACCAUGCAAACCCAUCGAAAAUCAGUGCAUUUUUUGACUCAGACUGUUAAAUGCGAGGUGUGUGAGCUUAUCAUUAAAUCUAAAAGAAAUUACCUGAGGCACUUGAAAUCACAAAGUCACAAGGAUAAUUUGACUAAACUAGGAUUGGAUAAUGAAAAUUGCAAUGAAAGUUUGUCCAGCAAUCCAUCAACAACUAAUCAUGUAAAUAUUGCAUUAAAAUCCACCGAGGAUAAACAUCUUACAGGAACGAGUACAGAAUAUUCUGCAUUAAAUAACGAUAGUACAGUCGCUUCCCAAGAUGGUCAAGAGAAAAACUGGCAAAAACCAUGCAGUUUUCAAAAGCCAGUAAAAGUUAUUUUUUGUGAACCUUGUGGAAAUUCAAUUAUGGGGAGUAUGCAACGACAUUGCAGGUCGACUAAGCAUAGGCUAAACAUGGUUAUAUACAACAAAAAGAGCAACAGCAAUUUUUAACAUUUAUUUUAAAAAUAACAUAUAAAACAGAUUUUAAAAACCCGUCCAAUGCUUGUUUGAUAAGAAAUUCCAUUUUAAAAUGUAUUGUAUAAUUCGUACUUAAUGUGUAGUUUCUUUAAACCUAAUUGUAAUUAAAAUGUCUGGUCAGAAAAACACGCCUUAAUAUAAAUUACAUUGACAACUCAUCACA